AUGUGUGGCUCCUCCUCCGGAGGGGAAGUGAAUGGUGAUGUCUGUAAGUGGUUAUGGAGACCUAGUUUGAUUAUUUGUGGGGUGAAAGUUGCUCCAUUCUUUGUCCAUAAAAGCAGAGCAUGUACUUCGGAGGAGACUGUAUGCAUGACUUUUACAGAGUUUCCUCUUAGAUUACUGUUCCCAGGCAUUGGUUUUCAUUUUCCUUACUCUACUUUGAUUCCUAUUAUGUUCCUUUGGCUUCCUAUUCAAGUAUCUGAGGCGGUUUCAACGGUGGCCACUUUAUCUUUGUCUGCCGUUGUGAGAGGGAUGCUGUAUAUGGGGAGUGAAUUGUAUGUGCUUACUUUAAUAUAACUUAAUCGAUUGUAAGCAUUAUGAUUGCAUUUUUCCAGAGUUUCUUUUGUAUGAAGGUUGCAUCUUCGGAUAAAUAUUUUUCUAAUCCACUUUUCACAUACUCUGUUUCUUCUCCUGGGUAAAGUUCUUUAUGACUUUGUGUGAUUAAGCAUUGCAUGAUCACACUUCCAGUCAGGGAUUUGUAGCAAUCUAGAUUGUCUAAAAUAAAUUUUUUCAUUGCGAAUGUGGACGAGUAUAUCUUUGCCGAAUCAGCCAUGGAAGGUAAAUAUUUUGCAGUUCUCAUUUGCAGUCGACCCUCUGUUUUAACCUUUCAUCAAUGUGGACGAGAACUUUUUCUUUGAUCAAUUCCUCGCUCCAUUCAUUUCGUCUAUAUGAGCCCAGCGGAUGUGGUAUAGUAUUUUUUAGAUUAGUGAGGACAAGGUACUUGCAAUAGGUUCCAUUCUUUAGUCCCUGCAAUUAGGUUUUUAAUGGAGAACAGUAAAAGAUAUGAUUAUAUGGGUUGAGCUCCAUGAACAGAGAGAUCGGUUGCACGGGCAAAAAAGAAACCAGCUACAGCUCCCAUGAACAAGGAGUAGAGUGGAUUGCUGGGAAGAGAAGUGAGAAGACUAGAUUUAACGAUGGCUCUAGAGUACGAAGAAAGAAGGAACCGAGAGAGUAGAAGCUUAGAUAAAGUAGUAACUUCGUUACGUCUUCUUUUAUGAUCCCAUGAUCACUUGAUCAGGAUGACUGUGAAAUAUUUCAAUUUUUUAAAAUUUAGUUGUGGAGCUUGUUGAGCAAAGCUAAGAAAAAGAUUUUUCCUUUGACUUUUUGUUCUUUCCUUUAGUUCUAAGAAACGAAAUCACUACGUAUUCUGGAUAAAGAAGGCCUUACUGUUGUUCUUCUUGAUGCACUGUCAGGUCAAGGAAGAUGACACCUUUUUUCCUUCAGAAGUUGAGGUGAUUGGCGUCGAGCCUUUAUUUGCAGAGGCCGCCAAGUAUGAGAGAGGCACAGAGGAUGAUGUCAUCUGCAUGAACUCAACGGAAACGGAUAAAUACCUUACACUUGAAGAUUUUCCUUAUUCAGAUGAAUUUUGUAGUUUGAACAAUGACUCUGGUGAGUUCCCGUGCUUCUAUCUGUACUUAAUUUUUUAUUAUUUAACACUCAUUUUUUGUCUUUUAACUCUCAUUUAACACUCGUUAUUUAGCACUUUUUCUCCCAUCUAUUUCUCUCGUAACCAGCUUUUCUCUUGAAUAAUCAACGACUUUGCUUCUAAGAAAGAAAGGAGAAGGAACCUUUGGAUUGAGCUAAUAUCUUUCUUGAUGUUCAUUGAACUAUUAUUCUCGGUAGUUUAUAUCUUUACGCAUGUAUUGAUUAUGUUGGUAUGUAUGAGUCUCCUUUUUCCAUGAUAAUUUGUGGAAAUUCUUGAUUCCCACCAAUAGUCCACUUGUGUUACUAGGUGACAUAAAAUUAUUGCUUUCUCCCCAAAAUUUCUUAAAUUCUAAAAUUCAAAAAAAUCUAAAAGGCUUGAUAAUACGCGCUGGAAAGUUUAUAAAAUUACUCUAAUGGGUAAAAUCGAUGGCAAACAUUUGAUUAUCUUGCAAUCAAAUAAAUGCAUUUUGUUCGGUUUCUAAUUGAGGAAUGUUUCUGAUUCACAUCUAGGCAUCUCCACUACUGAGGCUGCACAAAAUCAAGGCCAGGUACUGACUCAUUGAACUCUUCUCACUUCGAUGUGAUGUGUUGUUGAUACAUAGUUCAGGAUGUUCAAAAUGGGAUUCAAGUUAUAUUGCCUUUUCUAUAUGUCCGUCUGAACUUUUUAUUAUUCAUUCCAUGCCAAAAAGAUCAUAUCAUUGUUUAUGAAUGAAAAGACAUCCGCAGAUUUCUUCUCAGGGCUCUUUCUUAAGAGAAUCCGAAAAUCCCUAGUCCAUAUAGACCGUAUGAGAGGCAGAUGCCGCGUGGGUAGUCAUGGGACUGCCACGUGACAUCCAAGACUUCCUCUCCACACAGCCUGGGCAAGGGGACUGGCUCAGGUCAGCCAUGCUUGUGCUGUUGUGGGCAUAGGAGUCAUGCAGUAUAACUGAAGAAUAGAAAAAAAAAGGGAAGAAAAGAAGGAGAAGGAAGAGGUAGGUAGAGGAAUGAGAGGAAAGGUGAGCCUGACGGAGUUCAACUGUCAAAAGAUCUUAAUAAGGACUUAUGUGAGCUUGGGGAUCAGCAGCCAAUUUUUUUUUGAAGAGCUUAUUCUAUCUUGUACUCAGUUUACAGGAUCCAAUAAAUCAUAACGUGGGCAUUGCGUCUAAUGGUUCAAACUAAUGGAAAUGGGUUCAGUAAAGACUGUAAGUGGGGCUGUGCUCAACUCUUGAGGAUUUAACAGCAUAUGUAGUUGGGUCUAGAGUUCAAUAGUCGAUGGAGCAUUUUCUUCCUCAUCUUAUUUACAUAGUUAAAUAGGUCUGAUCUCAUAAGUUUAUCAAGUGGGCCUCAUCCUAUAGACAUUAUUUUAAUGGCUUCAUCUCUCAUGUUUGUCGACUAGGUCUCAUCCAAUAGAGAUGUAUUUGAAUAUUUCUCAUCCCAUGAAUUUAUUGAAUGGGCCUUCAUCCCAUAGAUUUGUGUCUUAACUAAGAGGCUUGGUGAAUUGGAUUCUUCCCCCGUCCCAAUAGUGUUUCAUGAAUGUUCUUCAGUUCAAGAACCUGAUCAAUAGUGUUUCACUGCUGAGCCUUUUGGACUCCUCAAAUGGGUUCCAUCCCCUAAGAGGAGGGGAUCCAUCACACAAGGUAAGUCAAAUAGGCUUCGUUUGAUAGUGGGCUUCCAUGUCAUAAAUCACGAAUGAAUUUUCAAUGCAAGAAACCUAUCAAGUGGGAUUCACCGGAAUCCUAAUCCAAUGGGCCUCCUCCCAUGAGUUGUUGACAGUCUUUGUCCUGCAAUUAAGUUUGUACAUGUUUCAUUAGUAAAUAAAAUUUAUUUUUUUAUGCCCCAUUGUUGCCCCAAACCCUCUGAAUAUUUCAGUAUUUAUACACAAUUGAAAUGAUGUCUAGUUUCUCGUCUACCCUUUUCCCCGAAUUAAGCUUUUCUAAUAGAAAUCACUAGUCACGUGGCUCUUUCAAAUGCCCUCACAGGUUCUGGACGGCAAGCUGGAACAACAUGACGAACAAACUCUGCAUGUGAUUGGGAAUAUAUCUAAUGCCUGCCCUGAUUAUCUUUCGGGUAAAAUGAUGCUUCGCAUGUGAUCAAUUUCAUUUUGUUUGUCGAGGUUAUAAUACUCAAUUAAGCUUUUUUAUUUUUAUUUUUAUUUUUCAGAAAGUAGAUUUGCAGAAAGAGUUGCCCACCUGGAUUAUAGAUUCUUCUUGGAGAAUUUAAGACCAGACGAAUAUAACGAGAACUUGGAAGUGGGUAGUGAUGUUGAUGAGAAACUGCACUUGGCUCACAGCAUCGACCUGAAGCCUCAUGACACGUUUAAUCACAGCGCCUUACAUCCCGAUGCCAUGAAUGCGCAUGGACUCCAUGACGCCUUCAGGAGCACCUACGGUCGAGGCACAUCGAUUCUGGGCAAGGAGUCUCUGAAGCAACAGAUAUUAGUUGGGCUCAGCAGCCUGAUCGACUUGGACCACACGUCGGGCAGUCUGAAGAAGACGCCGUCUGAGGACGAGAAUGCUGAUGACCUUGUCCUGUCUGAAGGCAAGGCCGCCCUGUGCACAUCUACCGAUGAGGGAGACGCCGAGGUGGUUACCAUGAACUCAGAUGCGUCGGGUUUUGGGCUUGCAGAGGUGGAAGGUGGAGACUCGACCAGGAAGAGGACGAGGAAACGCACGCGGAGAUAUAUUGAAGAAUCGUCGGAAGCCAAAUGCACACUGUGCACCGAGAGGCAGAGAUUUCCUAGGACAAGCCCCCAAGAUAAGGCCUUGCAUGUUCACUGGAGGAGGUCUGAGUGGGCGGGAGUGGUAUGCUCGGAGAAGUCGUCUUCAGAUGGCGGAUGGGUUUCUUGCGCCAGUCGUCCGCGCAGAGGCCGGCCGAGGAAGAAUCUUACUCAUCUGGUGAGAAGCUCUUGCCUUGCCUUCCUGCUGUCCAGUCUGCAUCUGCAUAUAUAUAUGCUCUUUACGAUUCUACAGACAUGUUCUGUGUAAAAUCGAAUAGAGCAACAGCCGUUUGAUUUGAUCCACUGGGUUGGCCUCUAGUUGACUUUCUCUCUCAAAAAGCUUCCCGAUCUAGGGUCUCAUGUCAGAGGACUUGCUCUAUUUCAGAGUGUUUAUAUGGGUACUGACAACAGCCUAUGGUUUUCUGGCCAGGCAGAGGAUGUCAAGGGCUCCUGCAACAGGCAUUUCGGUCCGGAGAGCAAGCCGGGGAGGGGUCUGUCGGCGUUGUCUGAUUCGGAGAACGAGGGCGCCUUCGGCUCCUCGCUGGCGGGUCAGGGCGUCAAGUGUGUGGCUCGGAGGAAGCACCACAGGCUGUGGACCCUCGCCGAGGUGAUGAAGCUGAUAGAGGGGGUCUCUAGAUACGGGGUCGGCCGAUGGACCAAGAUAAAGAGGCUUCUUUUCUCAUCCUCGGGUCAUCGCACCUCCGUCGAUUUGAAGGUUUGCUUCUCUCGUGGUUCUCUCCUACCUGCGACCGUUUCAGAUGGAAGAUGAUGAUGAUGAUGAUGAUGAUUCGAUGUCUGUUUCUCAGGAUAAGUGGAGAAACCUCCUCAGAGCUAGCGGCGCUCACACGCGUAGCAAGAAUGAGGUCUCUCUCUCUCUCUCUCUCUCUCUUGCUGUUUGUUUGUUUAUAAGAGAAGCGACGAAGGAAGGUGUGCUCUUCUUGCAGAUUGAGGGGAAGAAGAAGCCAUUGUCGGGUCUGGUGCCGCAGUCGGUCCUGCGGCGUGUCAGAGACCUGGCAGCCAUCCACCCCUAUCCGAGGGAACGAGCGUCCCGAGAGAUUCUGCCAGCCGCCCUCUCUCCCUCUCCAGACGGCCAACACCUGCGGUGCAGUUGGAGCUCCUCGUAG